AUGAGCGGGAAGAACUGGUGGAACAGCGCCAUCUCGGGCCUGGAGUCGCGCCUGGACGGUAUCCUGGCCGAAGAUGGCACAACACCCACCAAGCCGACGGGCACAGAGGCAGGCGCCAAGUCAGACACGACAGAAAAGGCAGCGACGGACAAGAAGCUUGCGGUCGAACCAGGCAUCUCGCGCACCUCGUCACGAAGUCGACCCAACUCUCGAUUACAGGACCGCCUAGCCAAGGCCGUGAACAAGGGCUCCGAAGCAAGAACCUCGUCGGACCUUGGAUCAAGACCUGCGAGUCCAGCUGUGAAUGCUGCCACCACAUCGCCAAGAGCCAGCAUAGACUCGAAAGCGCCCGAGCCAGCGACUGAGGCGGUAGCUGUGAAAGAGGAAGCCACAACGGUGAAGGAAGAUGAGGCGCCCAAGCCGGAUGAAAGCAAGGUCGAGGAACCUCCACAACCCGCCGUAGAGGCACCUGCGCCGAUAGUCUCUCCUCCAGCGACUUCACCACCGCCUACGCCUCUAGUAGCCGAGCAACCGACCUCGACGCCCGUUCCCACCAUGUCCAUGCCGUCGAUACCCUCUAUCGUCACCCCGCAAACCUCGUCUCCCCGCCAGUCCUUCGACAGCGACCCGUCGCGACCUUCCAUCGACGUACUCCCCCCAACGCUGUCUACCGAGACCAAAGACCCCGAAGAAGUGCAGGCUGAGCUAUCGCUGUUGCAGAAGACAUACGAGGAGACGAUGCAAGACAAUCGCGAAGAGCUCAACUCGCAUCUCGAGCGGAUUGAUGCUUUGCAGUCGAAGCUCACAUACCUGUCCGAGCAGCUUGCUGCCUCUGCAAAAGCCGCCAAAUCCGACUCGGAAGCGACACCGGCGGACAAGAAGCUGGCGGACAAGGAUGCACAGAUAGCUGCGCUCAUGGAAGAGGGGCAGAAACUCUCCAAGACGGAAAUGAAGCAUCUGACCACUAUCAAGAAGAUGCGCGCGAAGACAAUGGAUCAAGACAAGGAGAUUGCGACACUCAAACAACGACUGACAAAGGCGGAAAAGAGCAUCACUGAGCAGUCGGAAAGGGCACGGCGCGCAGAGGCGGCAGAAAAGUCUGCGCAAGAAAAGCUGAAGAUUGUGGGCAGGAUCGAGAAGGACAUCGAGACCAUCAGAGCUGAGCGCGAGGAGGCUGGCCUCACUAUAUCUGAGCUGCGGAAGCAACUCAACGACGCGCUCUCACGGGCUGAAGAUGCUGAGAAGAGAGCCCAAUCUGGAGCGCUGGAAGCAGAGAAGAGAGCCACUGCGUCACUCAAAGAGGAUAUCGAGAAUGUCCGGAUAGAAAAGAAGCUUGCCGAAGAUCGCGCGAAGAGGGAGCUCCAGGCGGCCAGAGACGAAGCGAAGAGCCAGCAAGAGAAAUCAAAGGUCGCCGAGCUUGAGUUGCGCGGCGAGAUUGCUAACCUGGAAUCUAAGCUCGAAUUGCUCCGCAGCCGCACAGAAGAGGCAUCUUCAUCUGCGACUGGCGACUCACAAGCCAAGCUUCUGCGGCAGAUUGAGACGCUGCAGACCCAGUACUCGCUGGCUUCCGAGAACUGGCAGGGUAUCGAGACCACUUUGACGUCUCGUAUGGCAGCUCUUGAGAAAGACCGUGAUGAGACAGCAAAGCGCGAGUCUGACGUCCGACGAAAAGCAAGAGAAGUCAACUCGAAAGCACGUCGACUGGAAGACGAGCUGGAGAGCAUCAACGAGCGAGCCAGGACGUUUGAACACGACCUGACCGAGCAGCGUGCCGCAGCUCAGAAGCUACAAACUAGGCUCACACAAGCGGAGACGGCAGCACAAGAUGCGCGAGCCGACCUUGAGCGGGAGAAGAAGCUGUGGGAGGUCGAGUUUCAACAACGGAUAGAGGAAGAGAAGAACAAGUGGAAGGUGGAGAUACAGACGCCGUCUCUACUAGGCGAUUCACAUCAUCUACGGACAGACUCACCUUCAAUAGCACAACGCCGGCAUUCGCCCGAUCCACUAGGCAUAUACAGCCGGCGGCCGAACCCACGCUCCAUCUCCAGCGGCAUGGACAUGCCCAUGAUGUCCCCCAUGGACCGCAUGUUCGACGAAGCCUCGCGCCGCCCCUCCUCCUCCCGCCACAACAAAUCCAGCAACGCGACCAAAGUGCGCACCCCCGAACUCGGAACCCCUCAACGACAAGACUCCAUCCCGUCAAGCAUGUCCAACCUCAACGGCGGCCUGGAAACUCCGUCUAUCCACACCAUCGACCACGACAACGACCCCUUCGAAAACACAUCCUCCCCCCACCGCACAAUAAACGACAUGAUCAGCGUCUCCACCGCCGGUGCCGGCCCCUCCGUCCAACUCGUCGAGCGCAUGAGCGCCGCAGUCCGCCGCUUGGAAUCUGAAAAAGCGACGCACAAAGAGGAACUUGCUCGUCUGACUGCCCAGCGCGACGAAGCUCGCGAAGAAGUUGUUAAGCUCAUGCGUGAGGUUGAUGAGACGAGGAAACAGGGGGAGAAGGUAGGGGAUCUGGAAAAGAGGUUGGGUGAGAUGGAGAAUAGGGAGAUGACGGCGUUGGAGAUGCUGGGCGAGAAGACGGAGAGGGUCGAGGAGUUGGAGGGGGAUGUUAGGGAUUUGAAGAAGAUUUAUAGGGAGUUGGUUGAUACGUUGAAGUGA